AUGGACCAACCCAAGGAACGGGUCCCUGUGGCCGCUGCCAGGGCACCUGAGGGCACCAGCGAGUGUCACUGCAAUUCAGAGCAUUUCCUGCUGACCAUCCUGUGCUACGUGUCCAUCUGCAAACCCCUGCACUACGGGACCCUCCUGGGCAGCAGAGCUUGUGCCCACAUGGCAGCAGCUGCCUGGGCCAGUGCCUUUCUCAAUGCCCUGCUGCUCACAGCCAAUACAUUUUCCCUGCCCCUGUGCCAUGGCAAUGCCCUGGGCCAGUUCUUCUGUGAAAUCCCACACAUCCUCAAGCUCUCCUGCUCACACUCCAAAGUCAGGGAGCAUGGACUGAUUGUGCUAAGUGCUUUUCUAUAUUUUGGCUGUUUUGUGUUCAUAAUUUUCUCCUAUGUGCAGAUCUUCAGAGCCGUGCUCAGGAUCCCCUCUGAGCAGGGACGGCACAAAGCCUUUUCCACCUGCCUCCCUCACCUGGCUGUGGUCUCCCUGUUUCUCAGCAGUGGCACAUUUGCCUACCUGAAGCCCCCCUCCAUCUCCUCCCCAUUCCUGGAUAUGUCAAUGUCAAUUCUGUACUCGGUUGUUCCUCCAGCCCUGAACCCCCUCAUCUACAGCCUAAGGAACAAGGAGCUCAAGGCUGCAGUGUGGACACUGAUCACUGGACGAUUUCAGAAACAUUUAACUGCUGGAAAAUUUCUGUAAAUCACUUGUA